UAACCUGCGUCCUUACAAUGUGUACGGAAGUGGAAACUCCGCUGAAUUCCCGUAUCGUGUGCUCAAACUGGUUCUUUGUCUGAACGCGGUGGAAAGAAAUUAAGUAUGAAUUUAAUGUAGAAAACCUAAGUUAAACAGGGACUUUCAAGCCGGACAAGAGAAAAAUCCACAAUGAGCUCGCAGGACGUAUUGAAAAACGCGUCCACUCUCGCUUCGUAUAAUGUGCUGCUACAGGUAAUGUUCCGUGUGCUCACCUUCUUAUUGAACGCGUUCACCCUCCGCUUUGUGUCCAAAGAGCUGAUUGGGGUGGUGAAUGUCAGGCUUACACUGCUCUACUCCACUUUAGUAUUUUUAUCCAGAGAGGCCUUUCGAAAAGCGUGUCUGAGUGGCUCUGAUGGGGGGAAGCACAACUGGAGGCAGCUUAUCAAUCUGCUAUGGCUGACUUUGCCUCUAGGUGCGCUAUUGGGAGCCAUGUUGGCCGCUGUGUGGCUCUGGCUCCUUGAAGCACCGGACCCUCAAGCGGUUCCUUUCUACGGCCCCGCCGUAGUGCUGUUCGCCCUAGCGGGGGUGCAGGAGCUCUUGGCCGAGCCCCUGUGGGUGCUGGCCCAGGCUCACAUGUUUGUGAGGCUAAAAGUGGUCGCUGAGAGCUUGGGCAUGCUGGCUAAGUGCAGCAUGACGGUGGUGCUGGUGGUGUCUGCCCGUGAGUGGGGCCUUUACAUCUUCUCUGCUGCUCAUUUGGUGUACACAGGAGUCCUGGUGCUGUGCUAUGCAGUUUACUUUCUUCGUUUCUUGCCGUCCAAAGAAGCGACUGAGAGCAAUUUUCCUCUGCGCAACAUUGGAGAUCUGAUGCCUCACACAGUUAAUGGAGAGCCUCUGUUGGACUGGACCAUGGCCCGGCUCACCUGGAGCUUCUUCAAGCAGUCAUUCCUCAAGCAGAUCCUGACUGAAGGCGAGCGCUACGUCAUGACCUUCCUGAACGUCCUCAGCUUCGGCGACCAGGGCGUUUAUGACAUCGUCAACAACCUGGGCUCCAUGGUGGCACGCUUCAUCUUCUUGCCAAUCGAGGAGAGCUUCUACAUCUUCUUCGCUAAAGUGCUGGAGCGAGGCCGCGAUGUCAAAAGCCAGAAACAGGAAGAUGUUGGUGUUGCAGCAGAUGUACUACAAUGCCUGCUCAAACUGGUGCUGGUGAUUGGACUCAUUAUUGCAGUCUUUGGGUACGCCUACUCGGGACUGGCUCUGGAUAUUUACGGGGGUUCUCUGCUGAGCAGUGGGGCAGGCCCAUCUUUGCUGCAAUGCUACAGCUGCUAUGUCCUCCUGCUGGCUGUAAACGGUGUGACCGAGUGUUUUGUGUUUGCUGCCAUGAGCCAGGAGGAGGUUGACAAGUACAACUUGGUGAUGUUGGCUCUGUCUGCUUCGUUCCUCUUCCUGUCCUACAUGCUGACGUGGUGGGCGGGCAGUGUAGGUUUCAUCCUGGCCAACUGCCUUAAUAUGGCCCUCCGCAUCACGCACAGCGUGCUGUACAUUCGCCGCUACUUCCUGUCCAGUCCGUGGAAGCCCCUGCGAGGCCUGCUGCCCUCGCCGUUGCUGUGCCUGGCGCUCGCUGUCAGUGCGGCGGUCACGGUCGUCAGUGAGAGUGUUUUCUGCUGCGACGGCGGCUGGCUCCUCAGAUUGGUCCACAUCAGCGUGGGAGCGGUGUGUCUUCUUUUUGUUCUUGGAGCCGUUCUGCUCACAGAAACUCAACUCAUUGUGUUUGUGAGGACUCAGCUUUUGCCACAGUACAGGAAAAAACAUGCAUAACUUGAAGGACAGCAACAAGUGAAUUUAUUUUUUUAAUGAACAUCAGAUGCAAGAGCAGGAAUAUUGUAGAAGAGUUCAUUUAUUGGUGGAGUCUGUUUUUACUGAUGAAGUUACUUGAAGCAGUUUCUUCAAAUCAUUCAACAUAUAGCACUAGAUCUCUAUGCCUUUGUAUCAUGGAUUGUAUCCAGUUUGCCAUAGUCAACCACUGAAAAGUGUUUCGAAACCUUACCGACUUAUUACAGUAUACUAUAUGCUACUCCUAAUUAGUCUAUUAGUUUCAAGCUUCCUUAUAUGACAGUAACUUUGACUCCAUUUCCUUGAUGGACUGGUAAAUAAUAAAAAAGAAUUUGACCAAGAUAAUUUAAAAACUUUUUUCCACCAUUAGUGUGACAUAUAACCUCUACAAUUCAAUUUUUUUAAAUUAUUUUUAAAAUAUUGUCGAGAGGGGUAGUAGUAAAGAUGAAUCACAUGAAAUAAUGUGGUGUGCACACCCUCAUAUAACUGAGAUGUGCUUGUAUUCGGAAUUAACCAAUCCUAUUCAAACUCAUGUUAAAUAGGAGUUAGCACACACCUGCCACCAUUUAAAGUACCUCUGAUUAAUCCCCAAUAAACUUCUGAUUUCCUAGUAGGCAUUUUGUGACAUUUUCUUUUUAAAUUUCUAGCAGAAGCCUGAAGGUUUUGUGCUAACACUGAUUUGUAUUUGCAUUGGAACUGCUCAUAAUUCCCUCUACCUUGACUUAGGCCCCAGUUCCAGCUAAAGAUGCUCAACCCCAAAGCAUGAUGCUGCAACCACCAUGCUUCACUGUGUGGUAUGGUAUUCUUUUGGUAAUGAAGAGUUAUGUGCUUGCACCAAACAAACCUUUUGGGAUUAAAAUAUAUAUUUCUUUCAA